UAAGAAAGUAACACAUACAAUAAUCUAAUUAGAAUCAUCAUAGUAACUGAUACCAUUUUAUUAUUUUCCACUUCUAAUGUUUUAUAUUUGGUAGUUGAAUGUUUUUGGCAGAAAAAUCCAGUAUCUCUACUCUCUACUCUGUACUCUCUACCAAUACAUCAUUAUAUCAUGUCUUGAAUUUUAAAUUCCUUUAUCAACUGCUAGUUUAGCAACAGACAAAUUUGGCUUGUGUUGCCCUGCAUUAGCUAGUGAGACCAGAACUGUAAAGAUAUGGGUCCAAACAGUACGCUCCAAUUUCAUAAUGGCAUCUUCUUCUUCUGCUAUUCUUGAUCAUUUUAUAUCAAUCAACUACUCUUCCUGAAUCAUCAGUAUAAAGGUAUACUAUAUGUACAUGGCCUUCUUGAAGCUACUGCCCAUUUAUCCCUGUUUCAUCCUUCCCCAGGAAUACCAUUUUCUCACAGUUCCGUACCACACCUGAAACAAAACCAAGAACUACUUAUUUUUGUCAACCCUUGAACCUAUCUAACCAUAUACCGAAAUUGAAGUAGCAGAAAUUUUAAGUUUAGUUGCUGUCCAAUAAGUGAUUAAGGAACAUAAUUCAGAGGAAAGAUGUGAGGUUGUCUUGUACAAAGAUGCCAGUGGUGAUUUUUUUCCAGGCCCCUCACAGGCUCAUGCCCAGCUGCUGAACUGAUGGUCAAAGCUACUGUAAGAUCAGCUUCUGCUAUGGAUCCAACAACCCCCGGGAAGCUGCUUCGCUUGCUUUUCCAUGACUGCUUUGUAGAGGGCUGUGAUGCCUCCAUACUCUUACAAGGAAAUGGAACCGAAAGAAGCGAUCCAGCGAACAAGUCACUCGGAGGAUUCACCGUGAUCGACUCUGCAAAAAGAGUGCUGGAAAUUUUCUGCCCCGGAACAGUUUCUUGCGCCGAUAUAAUCGCAUUGGCAGCCAGAGAUGCAGUUGAAUUCGCCGGAGGUCCGAAUAUUCAGAUUCCAACAGGAAGGAAAGACGGCAGGACUUCCAUCGCGGCGAAUGUGCGACCAAACAUUGUUGACACAAGCUUCACACUGGACCAAAUGGCCAGCAUCUUUUCAUCCAAGGGACUAUCCAUGGAUGACCUUGUUACCCUCUCAGGAGCUCACACAAUAGGGACAGCUCAUUGCAGCUCGUUCAAUGGUCGAUUCAAGGUGGAUACCAACGGAAGCCUUACGCUGAUCGAUGGAUCUCUAGACCGGCAGUAUGCUUCUCAGCUGACAAAAAUUUGUCCUGCCGGGGCAGCAGGCGAUACUGUUGCGGUUAACAACGACCCCGCCACUCCCCGGCUGUUCGACAACGAGUACUACAGGAACUUGCUCAGCCACAGGGGGCUGUUCCAGUCGGAUUCAGCACUGCUCAGCGAUGAAAGAUCGAAGAUGAGAGUGGUGGAACUUGCAAACAAUCAAGAUAGGUUCUUUGAGACGUGGGCAGUGUCUUUCUUGAAACUUAGCAGCAUGGGUGUUAAGAGUGAUGAUAAUGGCGAAAUUCGACUUUCUUGUUCUCUGACUAAUGGACAGUUCCAUUGAAUGCUUAGAGACACAGAUUCUUGUUUUGUUUGUUGUAGUAGUAAUUGUUAUGUGUCAACAUUUUUAAGCACAAGUUUCAAUAAUAAAAAAGAAAU